GUCUCCAGUCCGCCGCGAGCUACGGCGUAGACCGCUCGUCAAUCUCGUAGACCCAUAACCUAAAUAUUCCACCAAACUUCGUUCCUCGUUCGCUCCAUUAAAAUGAUAUUAAAGUUUUUUCCCCAUAAACAUUGAAAGUGUGAUUUACUUUCCAAGUUAAAAGUGACUUGAUAUAAGUUCAAUUUAUUUUAUUUUUGUUCCAAAUCAAACUUGGAGAUGGCUUCAGAGAACCGCACUCGUAUUCAGCAAAAUGACUUGCUACUCCAUGAAGCGGUGAUCAAAAACGAGCCAGAUGCUGUACGCGAAGCACUGCAGCGACCAACCGAUGUCAACUGUAGAAAUAAUUAUGGAAGAGCUCCAAUACACUGGGCAGCCAGCAGAGGUAAUGUGGAGAUAAUAAAUCUACUCAUCGAAUCCAAAUGUGACAUCGAGGCCGCUGAUAAGUUCGGAAUGCGACCGCUGUUGAUGGCGGCAUGGCAUGGCCAUCUAGAGGCGGUGAAAACUCUUGUUGGUGCGGGAGCCUGUCUUGCUGCUACUAACAAAAAACAAAACGAUCUCCUGCAAUGCGCGUGCUCCCGCGGUUCAUUGGACGUAGCAGAGUAUGCCAUAUCUCUAGGAGCCAAGGUCCAAACUUCGGAUGCGGCUGGUGAUGCGCCCCUCGCCUUGGCCUCCAGAGCUGGGCAUACCUCAUUGGUGGAACUUCUCCUACAGAGAGGUUCUUAUAUCGAUGCUGUUAACAAGGUAGGCCGCACAGCACUGCAUGUGGCUUGCGAAGGUGGACACUCCUCGACUGCUGCGUUCCUAAUAUCCAAAGGUGCCUCCAAAGAGGCGCGAGACAACUCAGGUCGAACACCUCUGCACCUGGCGGCCGUACAUCGACAUACUGAACUCGUGAGAGUGCUACUUGAGGCCGAAUGUCAUGUGGAUGCUGUAGACAACAAUGGAGUAACUGCGUUGCAAAUGGCUUGUGCACAAGGCUGUCGAGGUAUUGCUGAACACUUGUUGGCAUUUGGUGCAAACGUUCAUAUGCAAAACAAUGUUGGGUCGUCAGCACUGCACGCAGCUUGCGCAGCCGAUGCUACGGAUAUCGUGGAAUUACUCCUUGCACAUGGAGCAGAUCCUGCACUAACAGACCAGUGGUCUCAAUCCCCGGUGAGCGUGGCCGGUGGAGCAGCAGAGUCUCCUCCUGAGGGGUUCCGAAGAGCGGCGAGAGGAUCCUUCUCAGCUAUCCUGGAUCUACUGACAGCUACCGCGAACUUGGAGAUACCACACCAGGAGCAGUCUGAUGGCUCUCUGUCCCCGCGGGCCGAUGACAAAUCCAGAGGCCAUUCACCCGCACCGAGUGAAGGGGUGGAGCACGACAGUGAGAGGUGAUGGUCGGCUAGCACUCUGCUCGACCGGCUGGCGCAACGGGGCUUCGCAGCAGACACGAGGCUUGCACUACCACCUACAGGUUGUGCCCGUUACCGCGAGCUAUGCUACCGCGCUGCGCACGCGCAUCUACCAGAGGAUGUAGCCCCACGUCCUUGCGACUGCGUCAACUGCACUUCCAGACGUCAUUCAGCCAACGCCCCAUGAGAUACGGCUCUCGUGGCCACCACUGCCGCCCUCACACGACCCAUACCCGCGCUACCAAAUGAACUUACUAUACGUAGACAAUGAAUUACUUGCUGUAAGGUCCACAUAUUUUGUCCAUCAAAUCUAUGCUAAGGCACUCUGGUGUUGCGCUUACUGGAGACAAAAUCUCCAAUUCUCAUAUCCUUAUCCCCAAAAGACCAGCAACUCACUUUGCAGGAGUCCAUAGGCGGCGCUGAUCUCUUUACCAUCAGGUGAUCCAUAUAUUGGUUGGCCCGUGGGCCCUCUAUUUCAUAUUGUACCUAGUUCUAAAAUCCCAAAAAUAUGUGUGCUCAUGUUAAACCACAAUAUUAUAUGAGCGUAGUAACUUUAUAGUAAGUAAUAAGUCAAACUCCUCGACCUAUUUUAUGUGGAUCCUUAUUGCAGCAGUUGGUUGCGGUGCUCGUGGCCACUUCUCACUUGUAAUAUGUCAUUUAAAUAAUUUUGUGUCCGAUAAAAUUGUCAAUUUAUUCGAUAAGUAAACGAUUCAUUCUUGUAAUUUUAGAUCGUUCGUAAAUAAAUUCGUAAUACUUAUUUGGUGUUAAAACUUCAAAUAGCUAAUUCUGCGUGAUAAUCCAAAUCACAAAAAUUAUAAAAAAUAAUUUGGCCUAUAUGUGUACAAUGAUUUUGAAAUAUUUCUAAGCUACUAAUAAGUACCUAAAAUAAUUAUCUCCAUUUCAGGAAUGUUUAGUCAAUUCCAAUUAGCAUUCGUUGUAAAUAUUCGCUUGUUUCCUAGUGCCUUACCCGGUCCGCUUGUGAAUUUUAAUCCAGCCACUAAGUCUCCAUAUGGCACUUAUAAAAAAUCAUGCAUCUGUAGGAUUAUAUUCCAAACAUUUGAAUAUAAUGUGCACAUCCAAAAUCGCUUUUGUAAUUAAGGAAAUGAACGCUUCGAGAGCGUUAAUGUAAAAUUCAAUAGUAAAUUAUAAUUAAAUUAUUGAUUAUUAUGUAAAAUUUGUCUGUCCAUUGGUGAUAGGAUUAAAGUACCCUAAGUAUAAGCUUUAAUAAAAUAAUGUGGAAAUUAAAUUUACACAAUUUAUUUAGACGAUUCUCUACAUAAGAAUUUCCGUAAUACUAAUUUAUUAUAAAGAACACGUUUAAUAUAAAAAUCUAAGCCAAAAUAUUAACUUAGGUGUAAUGUGUAGGUGGCUAUCAUUAUAUCUAUGGUCCAGAGUAUUGAACUGCUAAUCUAUAAUUAUGUAUAAUUCAUCUGUGCUAAAAGUAUCAUGACCUCUUAAUUUUAGAGCCUAAUAUUAAUAUUAGAUAUAUUAUCUAGAUGUAAUUUCUAUAUUAAAUCACCUGACCUAAUGUAAUACCUGUCCAUCGGUGUAACUUCAAACGAUUUAUAAUAAUUAUAAUAAUGUACAUUAACUUCUAUUUUAUAUUACAUUGUUAAUAAUUAUAAACAUUAAUUUUAAUUACAUACAUUUUUAACUUCUGAUCUAUUUUCCAUUGUACUUACCCAAUGUCAUUAAAUUUUAAUCGUACAUUAUUUAAAUAUUAACAAGGCCUACCUACGUGAGUUAUAAAA